AUGAAGGGGUUCACCAAAGUCUUCCGCACCGGCCAUGCCGUCGCACCUGCUCAUGCGCAUCGUCAACGCUCCGCUCCGUGCUCGUCGGGCGGAUUCUACAAGACACCGACCGCGGGUCAGGUUAUCCCAUAUACUACCCCACUCAACAUCUCCUGGGACACAUCCUGCAUGACUUCGAACACCGUAGACAUCUAUCUUUACGCCCCCGGCAGCGCCUUGCCUCGCAUCCACGAAUGGGCGAACGUGGACUUUGCGUACGGCAGUUACAAUGUCAACCUGAUGCCGAAAUGGUGGAACUCGACAGCGUCUGCGAACCUCCAGCUUGCAAUUGUGGAGGCGGGAACACCACCGUUUCUUGCUACUAUGCCAGCUGGACCCGUCUUCACCGCUACGUACACCAAGCCAACCUCGGGCAGCGUCCCUGCCGCAGCGGACACUUCCACGCCUGGUGCCUCAAUCCAAAACGUGAACAACGGGCCGUCGAAGAGUCAUGGCCUCUCCAAGGGAGCAGUCGCCGCGGCAGUGCUCUUGCCGCUGCUGUUCGUGAUCGGACUGGCCGUCGGGGUAUACAUCAAAUUGAGCCGCGCGAAAGGCAGGGACAAGCGCAAGCGAUGGAACGAGGCGAUCGACAAGCGGAUGUCGACGAUCUCGACGAGCUGGCGGCCCGUAUCCGUUGCGGGCGCGACGGUGGUGGUACGCAACAGUGUGCUCUCGUCAGCAGCAAAUGCGGGAGAUCGUGCGUCGUCGUUCUCGUUCGGCGCGAUGCGCCCCUCCAGCACGAUCGCAGUAGAAGGCGGACAGGCGGGCAUCGGCGCUAAGGGACUAGAGAUUGGCGGCAUCGACCUGUCGUCGCCGGAUAUGGCCCACAUCCGGCCGGGCGUGCGCGCUCGCGCGUCGUCGUUCGGUAGCGAACGCGUCUCGCGUGUCUCGUUUGCGCCGGAUACCCGUCCGUCUGGGGAGUACCGCCGCACGCGUGCGUUCCACGUCGGGCACGUGCCCCCCCUUCCGGACGAGGACGAAACUGGGGCGUUGUCCCCCACCCAGGCUGCAGGCCCCUUCAGUCUGUCCGCGGAAGAUAUUCAAGCACGCAUGUCCGGACAAGAGGAUUCUCGGCCGAGCAUCGAUGCGGUUCUUCCCGCUCUGUCCAUGAUGCGCACCGGUGGUGAUGGGGUCUCGAAUAACGACGACAUGUUGUUGGCCCCCAGUCCCCCUAUGCCGGCUCCCCCCUCCCUGGCUCAUCAGAUCCCGAAGUCGUCCAUAGUAGGCAUCAUGCCGAUGCAGCCGAUGCCUGCGAACGUGAUGUCGCCAGAUGAAAUGUUGCGUGCGUAUGCGGAGCGCCGCACUAUUGGCUCGCCUGUGCCGGGCGGCCCUACCGUCCCUGCACCCGUGGCUAACUACAACGGUACCGGCAUGCGCAUCCUGUAUUCACCUACCACUCCCGACUCAUCUGCGCCAUUGGCCACGUCGCCCAUGGCACCUGCCUCGCCUGAGUCGCAAUACACUAUAAGCUCGCCCAAGGCUAUCCAGGAGCUCGUCAGAAAGAGUAUAGCAGUCACUGUUGCUAGCCAGUACGAGGACCUCGACGACGAAGACGCGUACGGGGCCGUUGAGACUGGUAUGGCCGAGUGA